UUGCAAGGGAGAACACUGCGAACAACUAAAGAACAACAUGCCCAACAUAACAUUUAUUUUUAUUUGACAAUAACAGUGAAUCAGCUGAUUUUCUUCGACUUUGAGUGAAGUCCUGUUUAUUUCAUUUUGACAUAGAGUACAUCCAAGUUUACCCCUUAUUGUUUGUAUGAUAUUUCUUUCAAAAGAUGCAUAGCCAUUACUUAAAUAAAAUGUGUCAAAUAGGACAAUCAGUCAUGACUCCAAUUGCAGUAUCUACAACGUCGACUGCACUUCUCCACACCAAACAAACCAGAUUGGUUGGAUUAAUAUUCAAAAGGUUGUUUAAAUUAUAUGUAAAUUUAGGUAAUGAAAGUACACAAAUUCAAGCAACAAAUAUGCAAGCCUCAGCUGUUGAUAAGACAGUUAAUGGCAAUCCUACACCAACAAGGCCACCCCACAUGACAUUAAAUAGUAAAACUUCAUCAAGCUCAAAAUAUGAUCAUCAGCAAGCUCUCAGUUCUGCUGCAUCAAUGUUAAACACACCUGGAGGAAUGGCAGCAGGUGGAAUGUCUCAAAUUGAAUCUCCUCUAUUAAACAGUGUAAGAAACCCUUUGUCAGUACCACUAAACCAAGAAAGUGCAUCCACAGCUGGAGCUUCAGAUCCUCCUACUUCAAAAGAAAAGGCUCCCUUUGCACGAACAAGUCAUAAUCCCUCAUCAAGCAAUACAGAUGAUAAUGCACUACUUGCAUCCAGACGAGUGGAUCCAUCUACAGUUCGACAAGUUUUUUAUUUUGAUACUUUAGCCUUUGCUAAGAAAUUAGAAUCAAAGGGAUUUACACGGGAACAAGCUGAAGGUUGUGCAGAGUCUUUGGUUGAAAUCAUCAACACCACAUUAGAUCACCAAGGGAGGCACAUGGUGACAAAGCCGCAGCAGGAAAUAGCCGUGCAACAACUUCUAUCAGAGAUAGUUUCUGUGAAAAAAGACAUGACACUUCUUCAGAAAAGUGAAUUUUCUUCUUUGAAAACUGAAACCGAGAAAAUGAGCAUAGAACUGUCACAAAUACAGAGCCAUGUAAAUGAUCAAAUACUCAAACUGAAGGGUCAGUUCAGCCUGGAUAUCAAUUUAGAGAGAGGACGAGCGAUAGAAGCACAUGCUGAAAAUGAGAAAAAACUUCAACAGCUUCAUAACAAAAUAGAAACAGAAAUAGCAAACUUGAAAACCAUAUUUGAAGUCUAUCGCAAUGAUGUGUUCAAAUAUGCCGGGGGAACUGUGUUAGCUGUGGGUAGUUUGAUAUUGGGUGUGCUGAGACUGUGGCAGUAGUCAAGUCCCAAACCACAUCUAAUAGUUUUGUCAAGAAAUCAAGUACUAGGUGUUGGAGCAGUUGCACCCAUUUCUAUUUUUAGCAUACCAAGUUUUUUGUUUUUUUCAACAAUGUGUGUAAUGGCACUACUUUUACAUUUUGUGCAGUGUUAGGCCUAAAUACAUGCCAUGCAAACAAAAAAUUAGUCAACAGUUGCCAUGUACUUACAAUGUUGUUUUUUUGUUUUUUUUAGAAA